AUGAUUUCCUCUCCGGUUUGUCUAAUUUUUAUUAGAAGUUUGUUUUUUUCUGCUUUGGGUAUAGGGUUUAUUUUUUUAUCCAGAUCGGCUCAUUUUUUUCACCGAUGAGCUCUCGGCCAAAUCUUUGGAGGUGAUCGGCGAACUUUUUCCGACCGGCGGAAGUCCGACGGACGCCUCGAGUACCUACGGGCUAGCCCGAGUUUCCCGAGAACUGUGCGAAACUGUCCAGGACGCGCUGAAUGUCCUCGACGCGUUGGAAUUAUCGAACGGACAUUUGGAAAUAGUGAGUUUCGCUCGCAAUUCAGUCAGUCAGAAAAAUACCUGGCCGGAAAGGUUUUUUGGUUUCAUGAAAUUCUUUGAUGUACCAGAGGAAGAUCCUGAAUAUCUUAGCUCGCAAAAAAACUUCUAGUUAUUGUGAAUAGGCUCAAAAAUAGCCUAUUCCAACAAAAAUUUUAUAGGUUUUUCUUGACUUAAAGAAAAUCUUUCUCGAAAAAGAAAGUUUUGCAGCUUGAAAUCAUCAGAAUCAAAAACGUGCUAUGUCAAGGACUUUUUUUAGCCGAUUUCCAAAACAUCAUGAAACUCUCCAUUGCAAUUUCUGAUUAAAUUCACAAAAAAAUGGCUUUUUCAACUUCAUAAAAAAACCUUUUUUCAAUUGGGUUUUCCAUUCUGGAGAACCUUCGGAACCGCUUUUUUUCACUGGUCAAUCGCUGGAUCCUCAAAAAUAGCUAACGAAGUGCACUUUCAAGUCCAGUCGGAAUUUGCACGCGGUCAAUCAAUAAAUAGCAUAUAUACAGAGGCUAACUUUCUGCUUUUUCAGUGCUCUUUGUGUGCACUCCGAUACCAUACCUAUGCCCUCUGGAUUUGAGAGUGUUGACGAAGCUUUAGAAGUAUGCUGCCGGAUAACACUCCUAUAGCACUCUUACCGCGUAUCCUAUUUAUUGACUGACGGAAUGGAUAUCUCGAUUGACCUUUGUAGAAAUUGCCCAAAAAUUCUCAUUUUCAAAAAGCUUCAUUUUUUGAGUUUCGACUUCCAGAAGAUAGAGAAGUUGCUCAUCUAUAUGUUUCACUUUGUCCAAUCGUUGUCAGUCAACGUAUGAAACCAAACUGGAAUUUCAAAAAAAAAAGUGCGUUUUGGGUUUCAUUUUUAUUGUUUUUUUUACUCUAACGCUCCAAGGGUCAAUCGAGGUAUCCACAUCGUCCGUCAAUAAAUAGGGUACGCAGUAAGAGUGCUAUCGGAGUGCACUUCGUCAGCAUGCUUCUAAAGCUUCGUCAGCACUCUCAAAUCCAGAUGGCAUAUGGAUAGCAUCGGAAUGCGCACAAAUGGUAUCGAAAGAGCAGAAAGUUAGCCUCCGUAUGCUAUUUAUUGAUUGACCGCGUGCAAAUCCCGACUGAACUUGAAAGUGCACUCCGUUAGUUUUUUUUGAGGAUACGCCGAUCGACCAGUGGUUCAGGAGUUUCGAUGAAGUUUUUUUUCUUGUUCUAUUUCUGCCAACCGUUCAAACAUAUUUGACAGCAUAAAUACUUCAUUAUCAACUUUUUUUUGAAAUUUGUCUUUUUAAAACUUCAAUGUGCAAUGUUUGCCACAAACUUGAGAGAAAAAAGCAUAUAAAAGUUGCCUUUUCAAAAAUAUUUUACUUCAAUCAAUUUUCUCCGCGUUUUCAAUAUGGAGUUCACAUUCGACGUGUAAAAUAAGAUAUUGGCCGACCCUAUUCUACCCAAUUAAGAUUACGCAAUUGAUUGUGCGCGCAAUUGAAAUAGCAAAAAAACGAAGUACUGACCUGGUGAGUAAAAAAAAAGGGACUCCCGAAGGGGGCGGACCUUGGCGGUCCCUAGAUAUGAGUAAAAGUAUGCAAAGCAUUGAAAACAAAUUUUCUAUUUUUAUAAGGAUGCUUCAAAAAAAAAAAAUACUAUUUCCACUCCAUAAAGAAGCAACGGCUUAGUGAGUUAUUUAAGAAUGUUUGACUAACAAGGAACUUCUCCUUAUGCAGUCGUAAGAUUUAUUGUUAAAAGUUGGAAAAUCACUUCUUGCCGUGCUUAAUAAAAAUCUGUAAUACUCACUUUGUCCAAAAUCUCACUUUUCGAAAUAAAAGCGGCCAUAUUCAAAGAAAACGAUUGAAAGUUAACUGAGUAGGAAACUACGCGGAUAGAGUUGAAACUUUGGUGACUUGAAGACCUUUGGUAAGAAUUCUAAUAAACAGGAGAGAUUAUCUGUUAAACAUGAGAUUCAGAGAAAAUGCUUCUCGGAAAAAUACACGCCUGGAUCGUUCUCACCGAGCUGGCCUGGCGCAGUGACGAGGCCAAUUUCAUGGUUGACGUUUUGA